AUGGACAACAAUUUCUAAUUGCCAAACAAAUAAGCCUGUCUUGACUAAUUAACAAAAUUAGGAAUAGAUUAUAUUGCACAUCAUCAUGAUCCAGUUCCAACAAUGGAGGAUGUUGUUAAAAUAAAGGUUGAGGAGGGCACAGCAUAUGUUAAGAAUUUAUUGUAUGUUGAUAAAAAGUCCAAUUAUUAUUUGAUAUUGGCCAAUAACACAACUUAAGUUGGCAAAUUGUUUUGGAAAACUCUUGGAUUAGCUUCUGGAAACAUGAGAUUAAGCAAAGAAGAGCAAAUCGCUGAAGCUUUGAAAUCAAGUAAGGGUAAUGUAAAUCCUUUUGCUGUUGCCAACGAUACAAAUAAUCUAGUCAAAAAUAUUAUCAUCGAUGAAGAAUUGACUAAAUAUAAGAGAUUAGCUUUACAUCCAAUCGAGAAUACAACUACAGUUGAAAUUUCACUUGAUGAUUUACAAAACAAGUUCUUAAAAAUACUAAACCGAUAAUUUACAGUCUUAUAAUUAACAGAUGCUGCUGCUGAAUAAAAAUUGGAAUAAUAAAAGGAAUAAUAAAAAGAAUAACAAAAAGACUAAUAGAAGGAUCAACAAAACUAAUAAACAUUAGCUAUUACAGUGAAAAAAUCAGAUUUUUCAGAGUGGUAUCAAUAAGUUAUAAGAAAAGCAGAAUUGAUUGAAUAUUAUGAUGUUAGUGGUUGUUAUAUUUUAAGACCAUGGGCUUAUUUUAUUUGGGAAUAAAUCCAGAGAUAUUUUGAUGAUCUUAUUAGAACUGAGGAAGUUGAGAACACUUAUUUCCCAAUGUUUCUAUCAGCUAAACAUUUGAAUAAAGAAAAAGAACAUGUAGAGGGAUUCAAAGCAGAAGUUGCUUGGGUGACAAAAUACGGAGAAAGUGAUUUGAAUGAACCACUAGCUAUAAGACCAACAUCUGAAACAAUUAUGUAUCCAGCAUUUGCAAAAUGGGUACAGAGCCAUAGAGAUUUACCAUUAAAAGUGAACUAAUGGACAAAUAUUGUGAGAUGGGAGUUCAAAUUCCCAACACCAUUUAUUAGAACAAGAGAAUUCUUAUGGCAAGAAGGACAUACAGCACAUGCCACAAGGGAAGAAGCUGUGAAAUAAGUGUACACUAUUCUUGACUUCUAUGAAUAAGUCUAUGGAGAAUUAUUGGCUGUGCCUGUUAUCAAAGGAAUUAAAACAGAAUCAGAAAAAUUCGCAGGAGGAGAUUUCACUACAACUGUAGAGACAAUCAUUCCAUAAAAUGGAAGAGGUUUAUAAGGAGCUACAUCUCAUCAUUUAGGAUAAAAUUUCAGCAAGAUGUUUGAGAUUAAUUUCGAAGAUGAUAAGAAAUAAAAAGCUUUUGCUUGGCAAACCAGUUGGGGUUUAACUACUCGAUCUAUUGGUGCCAUGAUUAUGUUCCACGGUGAUGAUAAAGGUUUGGUAUUGCCACCAAGAAUUGCUAAAUAUUAAAUAGUUAUUAUUCCAAUUAUUCACAAAGAUCUUGAUGAGAAUUAAUUGAAUGAAAGAUGCGAAUAAAUUAGAUAAAUUUUGGUCAAAUAAAAAUUAAGAGUCCAUUUGGAUAGCAGAGACAACUAUUCUCCAGGAUGGAAAUUUAAUAAGUGGGAAUAAAAGGGAGUUCCUGUUAGAUUGGAAAUUGGACCGGGAGAAUUUAAGAAUAAUGAGGUUAGAGUUGUUUAGAGAUUUGACAAUAAGAAAUAUCAAAUUAAAUUGGAAGAACUUAAUCAAUUAACUUAAAUACUUGAUAACAUUCAUAACGCCAUGUUAGAUAAAGCUAGAACUGAAUUAAAUCAAAGAAUCAAGUAAGCAGAUAAUUGGAAAGAAUUCAUGAGUCAAUUAAAUCAAAGAAAUACAAUAUUAACUAGAUGGUGUGAGAGAUAAGAAUGCGAAAAGGAAGUUAAAACUAAGUCAGGAAUAGAGUCUAAGGAGAAGGAUUCAGAAAUUGAUGGAUAAGUCUAAUUAACUGGUAGUGCUAAAACCUUAUGCAUGCCAUUAAAGUAAGAUUAACUAAAGGAAGGAGAGGUGUGCUUCAAUUGCGGUCAAUAAGCCAAGAAGUAUGUGUUAUGGGGAAGAUCAUAUUGAUAUAUUAAAUAUACAACAACAUAAUAUAAUAAAUUU